UCAUGGACAACAACUCCUGGAUGGCCAACCAUACUGCACCGUCGGAUUUCAUCCUGGUGGGAAUCUUCAGUCAAUCCCAGCACCCAGCUCUCCUUUGUGUGGUUAUUUUUAUGGUUUUCCUGAUAGCCUUGUCUGGAAACAGCAUCCUGAUCCUUCUGAUAUACUCUGAUGCCCACCUUCACACUGCCAUGUACUUUUUCAUCAGCCAGUUGUCUUUCAUGGACAUGAUGUACAUUUCUGUCACUGUGCCCAAGAUGCUCAUUGACAAGGUCAUGGAUGUAAAUAAGAUCUCAGCCCCUGAAUGUGGGGUACAGAUGUUCUUCUAUGUGACACUAGCAGGUUCUGAAUUUUUCCUUCUAGCUGCCAUGGCCUAUGACUGCUAUGUGGCCAUCUGCCAUCCACUCCAUUAUCCCAUUCUCAUGAACCACAGGGUGUGUGUCUUCUUAGUGUCUGGCUGCUGGUUCCUGGGAUCUGUGGAUGGCUUCAUGCUCACAUCCAUCACCAUGACCUUCCCCUUCUGCAGAUCCCGGGAGAUCCAACAUUUCUUCUGUGAGGUCCCUGCUGUAAUGAAGCUCUCCUGCUUGGACAUCUCUCUCUAUGAGACACUCAUGUACCUGUGCUGUGUACUCAUGCUCCUCAUCCCUGUGAUAGUCAUUUCAAGCUCCUAUACUUUCAUCAUCCUCACCAUCUACAGGAUGAACUCAGCAGAGGGGCGGAAGAAGGCCUUCACCACUUGUUCUUCCCACAUGACUGUGGUCAUCCUCUUUUAUGGGGCUGCUGUCUACACCUACAUGCUACCCAGCUCCUACCACACUCCUGAGAAGGAUAUGGUUGUAUCUGUCUUUUACACCAUACUCACUCCUGUUCUAAACCCUUUAAUCUAUAGUCUUAGGAAUAAGGAUGUCAUAGGCGCUUUAAAGAAAAUGUUGAAGGUGGGAUCUGUCUUUCAGGAAACUAUAAAGUGAGAAAUUUUUGUACAACUAGUUUAUUUUCCUUGUCUUUAC